ACACACACACACACGUGCGUCUCAUUUGGCAGACUGGGGUUCGGCGGUGUGUCCGUGGCUGUUUCAGAGACUCAGAGACAGUCAUCACUCUUUCUCUUCCUCUCCGUCUCAUUUUCUCUCCCUCUCUUCUCCUCUCAUCUCUCUCUUUCUCUCUCUGUCCCUGUGUAAAGCGGUGUUGUUAACUCAGUGCGGCUGUAAUGAGCCGCUUCCAGCAGUCUACUGAAGCUCAUUAAUGGACCUGACUCGGCGGAGCUGCUCCUCAGGGGAAUGUUUCAUGCAACAAAAUGCGUCUUCUGCUCUGUCAUCUUCUGUUCUUCUUCACUACAGGAUGGAACACGUCAGUGGACGGUCAUGAUCCAGCUCAGGUUCCUUACACGCACUCCGACAGUGACCCUGUAUCUCCUUCGCCGGACACUCUGAACAGGGUGACCCAUUCACCAGACAUUCUUGGGUUCGGCAGCGGGUCCCCAACUGUGCUUGCCCUCGGAGGUGUGAGUGUACAACAGGGUGUAGGCGUGUCUGCGUCGGACGAUAAGAGCAGACCCCCUAUCCCACAGGAAAGCGCUCACAAUGGACAGGAAAAGGCUGGAGCUGCAAUCUCUGACCUUGCGCACACCGUCACACACUCUCCCGCUGAUACACUCGCUCGCACACAGUCCACUCUCUCUUACACACAUGCGGAGACACACACAGUUACGCAAACUGCCCCUCCUUCGCUUCGCACGAGUGCUGAAGCAAAAUCGCGACAACUCUUAGCACACACACUGGCUGGGCAUGAUGAUGAUGAUGUUGCCAUGGCAACAAGCGCACAUUUGAAUAGAGAGACUGACAAUGCACAUACAGUCGCGCAGACACAAUCGCUCACAAAGAGAACUCCGCCUACCGAGUCCAACAAACAAACAGGUACAGAAAUAUACUCCGGGCUACACAAUAGCACGAGGGGCAGUCUAUUGAAUUCAACCGUUUCAGUGGCGAGCUCUCACACAGUCGGUCUCACAGCAGACCCGCUCACAAAAACCAACUCUACAAGCCUACGGGAAGAGUCUAACGUGCCGGACUCCUACAGUGUCACCAACAGUGACAUGUCUGUGACAUCGUCAGUUGAUGAGGGUCUGUCGGUGGUGACCGUGAAUUGCCAAAAUCACCCGCCUAAUGUAACUGCUGUUGCAAGUAUACCUUACAAAAGAACACCAGCAACAGAAAUGGACCAAACCAGUCAGUCUUUAAGGUUGGCUCAACCUAACCAGGAGUCGCCUCUUGACCGAACACAAGGCACAGAAAUGGACCAAACCAGUCUGUCUCUGGGCUCAGCUAACCCUAACCAGGAUGCACCUCACAACAGCACACUAGCAACAGAAAUGGACCAAACCAGUCAGUCUCUGGCAUCAACUAAAUCUAACCAGGAGACAUUUUUUGGCAGAACGCUAGGCACAGAAACCAACCAAACCAGUCAUUCCCUAGGGUCAACAAACAGUAACCAGGACACACUUCAGAACAGCACACUAGCAACAGAUACAGAUCAAACCAGUCCAUUUCUGAGGUUGGCUCAACCUUACCAAGAGAUGCCUAUAGACAGAACACCAGGCACAGAAACCGACCAAACCAGUCGAUCUAUGAGGUCAGCUAACCCUAACCAGGAUGCACCUUAUAACAGCACACUAGCGACAGAUAUGGACCAAACCAGGCAGUCUCUGACAUCAGAUCACCCUAACCGAGAUGAUCCUGAACAAACCCAAACAUCAGUUUUGAAUCGUUCGUCAACUCUUGCUGUUAAUACUCAUAAUCCAACAAUUUCUGAUUCGCCCAGCCACUCUGAAGAUCCAGUUUCUGAAAGUCCAUUUCUAAUGACACUCACAACAAGUAGAGAAGAGACACCACCAUCAGCAGAGCAACCCUCAUUUGAGACAUUUCCUCCAAACCCACACGUGGAAUACACCUCACAACCUGCCACUAAUGUACCCUCGCCGGAUUUUACCACCACACAUAUUGAGCGCACUACAGCAGCUAAAGAUAGUUCCACAUUUCUGCCUAGCACUAUUAACCAAUCCAAACCAAACACUGACCCUUCCAGUGCCUUCACAACAACCAUGCCGGCAACACCCUCAGAUUUGCUUCGGUUAAGUCCUGUUACCUCAGUUGAGCGACUAACUGAGAAAACCACAACUUUUAACCCUACUUUGACUUUACCUUCAUCAAAUACAGUAAGGAAAGAUGGCGAGAGGGAGAUGAGUUCCACUUCAUUUGAAUCUAAAUCUAUCUCUCCAUCUGACACAAUCACCCAUCAUUCAACCCAUCAGGUUCAUCCUACGGUGACUUCUCCUCGUACAGUGCAAGCACCAUUCACUACAGAGGAGUAUCUGUACAACACAAGUGAAAAUGAACAUGAACAGUUCGUCACACCCAAACACCAAACAACCUCGCCUCACAUAUUUAGUCCUCAUAUCUCUACAACUGCACACAGCGCAGGAACCACCACUGCUGUCCCUCAGUACACUACUUCCCUUCAGACCGACCACAGCACUAAUGACAUUAGCCAUGCUAACUCCUCUCAGAGUGGCAUUUCAUUAGGUCCCAUGAUACCUGUUAGCAUUUCUCCACCUAUUAGCACUGAAACUGGAUCAACAGAGCCAGGUAAUGCCCAGACUGAAAGUCAUGAUCCUCUGACCCCUACAAAUCAUAGUCCUGUAAUGAGCACAGCUAAUGGAGAAGCUGUUAGCACUAGCAUACCUUCACGCUGGGGCACAACUGCGUGGACAACAACUGUGUGGACAAGAAUAACACCAUCAACCCCUACACCAUCCUCAAACCAGCUCACUACAAGCAGAAAAACAGUUCCUCCAGCACUUUUUACAACAGAACCUCCCAGUACUUACACCUUAACAACACAAAUGAACACAAACUCAUCCAAACCGACUGGAUUAAACACCGCUUCAACAGUGAACAAUUCAACACCCUGGCUCCGCCCCUUCAUUCUCAAAACUGACAAAGAUUGGUCACACAAGGCGCGGGUCUUCGUUGUUGAGGACCAACCAGCUAUUAUCAAAGUGGAAAUGUUUCAAGUGCUGCUACAGGUGGUGCUGGAAGGAAACCCUCACUCAUAUGUGGGACUGGAGGAGGUGGAGCGAUAUCUGCACAGAGUUGCAGGUUACCAAAGUCAGCAAGUCACAUGGCACAGUGGCCCAGUGCUUCAGACCGUGGUCAGUUUCCGCACGAUGGAUGCUCUCUCCUGGCUGGGGAGGGCGGAGUCUCUUUUGCAGGAGGCCAGGCUAAGUCCACUUCCUGGAGAGGGGAUAUAUGUCGGUGGAGCCAGGGUGAAAAACAUCACCGUAGGAGGCUUGCACACUGAUGUCUGCUCAUGGCUGUUUACCUGCCCGUCUGGAUUCCAGUGUGUGUCUUCAGAGGGCAAUGCCAGCUGCAGUUCAGUUUGCCACUCGGAGUACUGCAAACACCAGGGCAUCUGUGUCCACCGGUCUGGGCAACAACCCCUCUGCCAGUGUCCUGUGGGGGAGGAUUUCUGGUUUAUGGGGCAGCGAUGUGACCUGCGUAUGACCCGGCAGCGGCUGGUUGGCGUGUGCUUUGCUGUGCUGCUUGCUGUGGCUCUGUUGAUGGCUGUUCUGUGUUAUCUGGUCGUGCGGCGCUUUAAGACCAUGCUGGUUCAGGCCAAAGUGGACCAAACACGCAGCAGUUAUCGCAGGUUUAACCACUUUGACGAGCUGUCGGCUCGUUUUUGGGGAAGGUCCUGGCCAGGCUCGGAGGACUCGCUGGAUAACCCUGCCUUCACCCGCUCUGAUGAAAUCCUGCACAUGAGGGCACUGGACCACACCUGCUGUUACCAUGACGACACCAUGUCCAUCACCUCCACCUACCAGGGCAGUGUCUCGCACCUGAAUACUGUAUAUCCUCACAGUUCUCAUUAUCGAUGGGAUCUCAGCAACUACAGUCUUGCAGAUGGUGUGGUUGAUUCAGGAAAGGCCAGUGACCUGUCUGUAUGUAGCUGGCCAAUCGAACCAAUACAGUGGACACCUUUCCCUUUAUUACAGCAACUCUCUAAAAACACAGCCUCAGUUAAAGCCUCGCGUCCUCGCUCGUACUGUGAAGGCAUGGAGCUGGUGGAGCUAGAGAAAAGCUGGACAGCGUAGGAGGACUAAGGAGCAAGAUGCGUCUCUGAUGAGACUGAGCCAAAAGACUCGGUUACAGGAUACUUGAAGUUUUUUGAUGGAGAGCUAGACGGACAAGCUAAGCCUCGCAGUUUGUUCUCUUCCUUGAUUAAUCAGACUGGAUGAACUGUAUUCAUCUGCGAGACUGUGUUUAUUAAACGUUUCUGCUGAUGUGAGAAUACCCUCACUUGCUGUUGAAGGACAUAUCAGAACUGGACAGCCGUGAAUUCUCGUUCAUUUUCAGUGGGUUUGCUUAGAAUUCCUGUCAAAGAUAUUUUUCAGUUGUUCAGCUGUUUUUUUUGUAAUUUUAUAUAGAAUUUAAAGAAAAACAAUGAAGUAUUAUCUUCUAAAUAAUAUUGUAAAUCACUCACCAAAUGUGUUUAUACUUAAUAUUUAAAGUAUUUUGGGAUGAUAAAUAUGAAAUAUGGGUUUAAUAUGGGUGUAACUGGUUGACAAUCUGAGCUGGUCUACAACCUGACCAAACUAUAAAUGACCAGCAUGACCAAAAACUUGACCAUGUUGCUUUAGCAUCAUGCUCAGCAUUAGCAAACCAGACUGACCAGCAAGUCAAACGACAUACUGAGGAGCGGUGUGUUUGUUUUUAUUUAUUUUUUCCUUUCUUCUUGGGUUUACCUGCUUUGAGAUCAACUGUUCUGCAAUUGGGUUCAACAACCCUCUGGGCUGGAGAGCUACAAGUCUGUAGCACUCCAUCCCAUUACAUUUCCUUCUCCCGUCACAUAAUGACUUGGAAAAUAUCUGGCCAGUCAGACCAGUCACCAGCAAAAGCUGAUCAUGCGAUGGAUUUUGGAACACUUUCCAAAUCCAGCCAUUAGCUUAAACUCCCCGGUCAAAUGGAGGCACCUUUUCUGGGCACAUGUAGCACCAAACACAUGUUUCUGUUUCAUUGGGCAGCUGUACAUGCUUGAAGGAGAACAAUAACGCCCAGUUUAUUUUUUUAUCACCUAUUUCAUCAACAGAUUCCUGCACUAGCUAACAUCUUGCUGAGUGAUUGGGCAGAGGGAGAUUACUGGGUAUCAAUCCUGCUAUUUCCUGAAAGAUCACCAUUUUUUAAAUAAGGGGCAUUCUGCACAUUUCGAUUAGAACCUCAUUCUCUUGAAACUGUUGAAGAGUAAUGUAAGUGCCUGGGGAUGCACAAAAAAUGACUAAUAAACUGUUGUUGUAUUUA